GUCACUUUUUUGAUCACUAACUAGAAGUAGUUGAACAGUAAAAAUCUAUUCGCCAGUGCAUUUUUAAGACGUAAAUUUUAUUUUUCUGCGGAUUAAAUACAUACUUAAGACAAUGGCACAAAUCAAACUUCAAGAAAGAAAAAGUUAUCAAUUUUCUUGCAUACUUCUCUUCUUAUCCAUCUGGUGGUCCGGAAGCUGGGGAUUCCCACAUGUUUCGAGAACAGUGAAAAAAUUAGAAAAAUUGGACGACCAAGGCGACAAAUUAUCAACAUCGGUGUUCAACAGUACAGACCAACUAAUCCGAACCACACUUAGCACGAAAUCGACAAAUUUAAAGGCGAUCACACAGAAUAUGGAAUCCAUGAAACCUCCAGUAACACCAAUUAAGGAACUUCAGAUGAAACGAAUGAUAAACACAUCUUUAAGAAGCCGAAAUUCCCGUCAAAUGAACUAUCCAUUCAUCAUUUACGGAGGCUGCUCACCCUAUGGAAAUUCAGGACCUUGGAUGAACCCUUAUUACCCUGGCGCACAGCGGGCGUCUAAUAACCCACUCGCCACAGUUUUGAAUGGCAUAGCAGCCACGACGCCCUUUUUAUUCUUAAUUCAAAAAUAUUUAGAACAAUUGCACGGGUAAUAAAUUUUCUGAUCUACGAGUGAAAAUAAAAUACUUUUGUUUUCUGCA